AUGGUUGCGCCGCUAUAUACAACCGCCUCAGGGCUCCUCUUCCAUGCUGGAAAGAUCCUAGUCGUCACAAUCGGCCUUCCAGCUCGAGGAAAGACCCAUAUCUCUCGUGCUUUAGAACGAUACCUGCGAUGGAUGGGUGUCAAGACGCAAGUCAUAUCUCUGGGAGACUACAGACGCAAGACAUUGGGAGGCGCACAGAAGUUGCCCCCUGACUAUUUUACUCUGGUAGGCGAGAAGAGUCCAGAAACGAUGGCUUUGCGCAAGAAGAUCUCGGAUGGGUGUGAGAAGCUGAUCUGGGAUUAUUUUGAGGCUGGAGGCCAGGUUGUUAUCUACGAUGCAAACAACGGGACCAAGGCUGCGCGGCAGGCAUUGGCUGAGAAGUUUGACAAAAGUGGCAUUCAUGUAGUGAUGCUAGAGUCGUUAUGCGAUAACAAAGAAAUUAUCGAGGCUAACAUCCGUGGCGUCAAGAUCUCCUCGCCAGAUUACCGUGGAUGGGAUCCAGACAAGGCUGUCGAAGAUUACUACCACAGAAUUCGCGAUCACGAAAAUUAUUACGAAACCUUGGAAGAAACAACAUGGCCGUUCAUCCGUAUCAUUAACGUCGGAGAGAAGAUUAUUUUAAAUAACAUCCAAGGCUAUCUUCAAUCGCGAAUUGUCUUCUUCUUGAUGAAUAUUCACAAUAAAUUCCGCACAAUAUAUUUUGCUCGGUCUGGACAAUCCCUCAUCGAGCAUUCCUACAAGGCUGACUCUGAUCUCUCUCCCGCCGGUUGGGAAUACGCAGAGAAGCUGAAAGAGUAUGUUCUUGAGCGCCGAGCGAAGAGCCUGGAGCAAAAGGGCAUCGACCCCAAAGAAAGGAAGCUGGUGAUUUGGACAUCGACCCGCCGUCGCGCCCAUCACACUGCUUGGCCAUUCUUCGGGCCUCCACCCCUACCUUCCAAAAUCAAAGUCGUCGAAAAACCGCAGAUGCUGGAGAUCAACCCCGGGAUUUGGGACGGACUGAACCCAGACCAGGCGAAGAAGUAUUACCCAGAGGACUGGGAUCGAUUUUCGAAGGAUCCAUACUCCUUCCGAGCUCCAAGAGCCGAGAGCUAUCAUGAUCUAAGUGUCCGUCUUGAACCAAUUCUGAUUGAACUGGAGCGCGAGCAAGAGGAUCUCCUCAUCAUUGGACACGCCUCCGUCAUCCGCUGCCUGCUCGCCUACCUCAUCGGCCUCCCCGCCUCCGAAAUUCCCGCCAUCGAAAUUGCGCGUGGAGACCUGCUUGAGGUUGUCCCGGCUUCUUAUGGCGUACACUCCCAUGCCUUCCAUUUCUGGGAUGGCCCAGGACGAAGUAGAGAUGGCGUGGCCGAUGAAGGGGAUGUGGGGGGUGGUGUUAAGGACGCGAAUAACUUUUAUGAGAAUUACGCGGAGGAUACCAAGGGAAAGAGAAAGGUUGCAACGGAAGAAUAUGCUGCUGUAGUCGCAGAGGCAGCUAGGGUUGCGGAGGUGGUGAACGCCCCAGGCCAUUAG